GUACUUUCGUUGUACUUUGGUAUAUUAGAUGGAUGGAUAGGCGUCCAUCUUGAAUUUUGCUGAAUUUGUGCCGGUUAUGUGAUAAAAGUGUAUUUUAUAGAUCGGACUUCACUUUACUUGUUAAUUUUCAAGAAGUUUACGUAUGCUUCUACUAUUUAAUAUUUAAUAUAGGAUUAACCUCAGUAAUGUGUUAGGUAUGGAUAUUUGACUGAACCAUUUGAUCAUUUGACGAAUAAUGGCGUGCGUUUUUCUUAUCAUUACUCAAGACAUAUGCGAUUUCCGGUAAGAAUAUCGUCGAUAAAACCUUAGGUUGGCAAAGGUAUAAAACGAUGGCAUUACCUAGUAGAGCCCGGGUAUAUGCCGAUGUUAAUUCACAAAAGCCACGAGAAUAUUGGGACUAUGAAAGCUAUGUGGUCGACUGGGGUAAUCAGGAGGAUUAUCAGCUAGUACGGAAGCUUGGACGCGGGAAAUAUAGUGAAGUAUUUGAGGCAAUAAAUAUCACAAAUAAUGAGAAGUGUGUAGUAAAAAUAUUGAAGCCCGUUAAAAAGAAGAAGAUAAAAAGAGAGAUAAAGAUAUUAGAAAACUUAAGAGGUGGCACUAAUAUAAUAACUUUACAAGCUGUAGUUAAAGAUCCUGUAUCUCGUACACCAGCUUUAAUUUUUGAACAUGUGAACAACACUGAUUUUAAACAACUGUAUCAAACACUGUCAGAUUAUGAUAUAAGGUAUUAUUUGUAUGAACUGCUGAAGGCAUUAGAUUAUUGCCACAGUAUGGGUAUUAUGCACAGAGAUGUGAAGCCUCACAAUGUUAUGAUUGAUCAUGAUAAUAGAAAGUUACGUCUCAUUGACUGGGGCUUAGCAGAGUUCUACCAUCCCGGACAGGAGUAUAACGUUCGUGUUGCUUCUAGAUACUUUAAGGGUCCAGAACUUUUGGUUGAUUAUCAAAUGUAUGACUACUCACUGGACAUGUGGUCAUUAGGAUGCAUGCUGGCAUCCAUGAUCUUCCGUAAGGAACCAUUCUUCCAUGGUCAUGACAAUUAUGACCAGCUUGUGCGUAUUGCAAAAGUGCUGGGCACUGAAGAAUUAUUUGAAUAUUUGGACAAAUAUCAUAUAGAAUUGGAUCCUCGAUUUAAUGAUAUUCUUGGAAGGCAUUCACGUAAACGGUGGGAGCGAUUUGUUCAUUCUGAAAACCAACAUCUGGUAUCUGCUGAAGCUUUAGACUUCCUUGAUCGUCUGCUACGUUAUGAUCACUAUGAGCGUUAUACUGCUCGAGAAGCCAUGGAUCAUCCAUAUUUCUAUCCAAUUGUGAAAGAGCAGGGUCGAAUGGUGUCGUCCAACUCUCCAACUCCUAAUGCACUACAAGGACCAAUCAAUGCUACGGAAUAAUCAUUAAUAAACUCAGUAAUGCUCUUUAUAAACACUAUAUAUUGAAUAUUAACUUGUACAAGGUUCCAGACGAGAUCCGUGACAGACACAAACACUCCAGUCCACUGUAGGAGAGACGGCGAAGGGCACUGUGAUGUCAUCUCUGUUACAACACAAACUGAUAACUAAAGGAAUUCCAAUGUUUGCAAAAUGAAUUAAUUUGGAAAGACAAUAUGAUUUAGUGUUUAAUGUUAGUAAAUAUCAGGUUUAUUCGUUGUUUUAAAGUGUUUUUCUCCGGUACAAACUACUAAGUCCAUGAAAGUGUAUCAAGCUAUUACUUUCUAUAUUAUAUGGUGGUUACAAAAUUUUACAGUUAAAGUUCAAUAUCCAUCUUUUUUAUGAUGUUCAAUAUUAAUUAUUGAGGUAAAGGAAAAUAUUUGGAGUUUGAUUGCACUUGAUAUUUUGCAUUUAUUAACCUAUACGGUAUUGAUAUUGUAAUUACUUGUAUGAUAUAUUAAUUGGUAACACCUGCAUACAGAUUGAGAAAUACUGGUUAGAAACAUUUUGUUGGUACUGCUAUUAAAAUUUUGUAUUUAUGUAAUAAAAGCAAAAUGUAGAUAUGUGUAAUAUAAAUACAAAAUUUUAAGACGUAAACGUUUCUUUUUAUUACAUGAUAAAAAAGUAGUAAUGUCAAAAUGAAUAUUGCUUCUAUUAGAAUAUUUUAGUAAGUUAUGUUAGCUGUCCCUACACGUAUAGAUCAAUCGAGAACAUCUUCAACGUGGAGGUUGAUGAUGGCCUGCAAUGGUUAUAAUUUAUUUUUAGUGUGAUAACUUCAAGUUGUUGCAUCAAAAUUUUCUUAAUAAACAGACUAACUUUGCCUGGA